CCAACCGGUAAAAAACCACCGCCACCAUUUCAAACGCUUCAAUCCUCCCAUUCUUCCUGCAAUAAACUCAAAAUAUUAACUUUGAUGUGAUAUCAGAAGAAAAACCAAUUCGAAAAAUGUCUUCCUUUAGCCACUAAUGCAUACCUUCUCAGUUUCUCUCUCCUCCUCUCUUUCAGACCCCACUUCUUCUUCCUUUCUCUCUCUGGAAGUCUAAAGCUCCCAUCUUUUCAAAACCCCUUUUCUUAUUGGACCAUUUCUCCAACCCGCACCACGCCCACGAACUCUCAAUGCUCCAUUUUGCACAGAAAUGGCGGAUAACAAUCCCACGCCUCCGCACCAAACAGAGGAAAACACAGUGACUCACUUGGACUUCUUAAAGAAACUCAAAAGCUCCAACCCUCUGGAACCUUUUCUGGGAAUUCUUGGGUUCUUCCUGGUCGCUCUUCUCUUCGUCGGCUGCUUAUCCUACUUGGAUUACCGUACAGUUUUCAGUGGGAUUUUGGGGCUACCAUCAAAAGGGAAUGGACGGUUUGGAUUUCUUGACGAAAGCGCUGACGGGUGUGAUGUGUUUGAUGGGAAUUGGGUUUGGGAUGAGAGCUAUCCGUUGUACGAGUCACAGAACUGUAGCUUUUUAGAUGAAGGGUUCAGAUGUUCUGAGAAUGGCAGGCCUGAUAAUUUCUACACCAAGUGGCGUUGGCAGCCCAAAGAUUGCACCUUGCCCAGGUUCGAUGCAGGGAAGAUGUUGGACAAGCUUCGGAACCGGCGUGUUGUAUUUGUUGGUGACUCAAUUGGAAGGAACCAAUGGGAGUCUCUUCUCUGCAUGCUCUCCUCUGCAGUUACUAACAAGACUUCAAUCUAUGAAGUGAAUGGGAAUCCAAUCACAAAGCAUUCGGGGUUCUUGGUAUUCAAGUUUGAGGACUUCAACUGCACUGUGGAAUACUACAGAGCACCAUUUUUAGUCUUUCAGGGCCACCCUCCUGCUGGCGCUCCAGAAAACGUGAAGAUGACCUUAAGGGUGGAUCAACUGGAAAGGACUUCCAGGCAGUGGAGAGAUGCGGAUAUGCUGAUUCUCAACGCAGGGCAUUGGUGGAAUUAUGAAAAGACCAUACGAGAUGGUUGCUACUUCCAAGAAGGGAACGAGGUGAAGAUGAAUAUGACUGUGGAAACAGCAUUUCGUAGAUCGUUAGAUACUGUGAUUGAUUGGAUUGGCAAUGAAGUGAACAUGAGCAAGUCUUAUGUCCUCUUUCGAACUUAUGCUCCCGUGCAUUUCAGUGGUGGUGAUUGGAAUACUGGUGGUGGUUGUCAGUUGGAGAAACUACCUGGAUUAGGUUUGUCACCCAAUUCAUCUGAAAGUGUUUACAAGACUAUCUUUGAUCUCAUAUCAGAGCGUUCAAAUGAGUCACAUGUUAGGAAACUGGAUUUGCUCAAUGUGACGAACAUGUCUUUGUGGAGAAAAGAUGGCCAUGCCUCUAUAUACUAUCUAGGGCCUGAGACUGGACCAGCCUCCGUCCACCAUCAAGACUGCAGCCACUGGUGCCUCCCAGGUGUGCCUGAUUCAUGGAACGAGCUACUGUAUGCACUCUUCCUUAAACGGGAAUCCAGUUGCGCAUGAAACUCAACCAAAUCUUCGGAAUUUACAUUGUGAGUAGUAUUAAAAACUUCCUGCGAUGAUGAUCACAUAAGGACUUCAGCACACAAAAGGGUGGAAAAAACGGGAACAUUUUGUUGACGCUCUUGCUAUCACAUUCACCGGAAGAACUCUGGCAUGUAACAAAGAGAGUUCGGUGGUACUGUUAGCAUCUUCAUUUUUCUUGAGCAUUCGACGGGUUUUGCUUAACGAGGGGAAGAUUAGAACACAAGAUUACUGGAUGUUUGCUAAGCUAACAUGUAAAGCUGGGAUUCAUUGAUCGGUAAGAAUUCAAGUCACUUUGGAUGCUUUUGUAGGAUAAUUGUUUGCAGUAGAUGCGUCAUCUCUGGAACCGAAGGACGGAAGUUGAUUUACGGAGCACGCUAAACUCGCGGGAUGCAAGUAGAAAGAGAUGAUGAGGCAAGCGUGAUACUAGUUAUACAUGUACACAUGGUUUUACUUAUAUUCACAGAAUGUAAUCACACAAGUUUACAGCAAAAUUUUUGAAAUUUACAGCUCUCA